GGGCGGGGUUGUCCUCGUCCGCAUCUUGUUCGCUACCAUGUUCCCAACCGAUCUCGGGCAGGCUCGCUUCGUGUACAAUGCGGCCAGGAAAUGGUUCGCCAUAGGCUCUUUCUGCGCCGGACCAGCGACCCUGGUCAUCAAUGCACCCUUCGGACGAUUUGCGCUGAAGGAAGGCAGCUGGUUCAUGCUCGAUGGCAUCAAAUCCUGGAUGGCCAUGGAGAUCGUCUCUCCCGCCAUGUUCCUUUACGCAUUCAUCAAGUCCCCCCUUUCCCCCUCGCCCAUACCCUUCUCCCCAUCUGACCCCCACGUCCUUCUUGCUGCCCUCUACCUCAUACACUACGCAAACCGAGCCAUCAUAUCCCCCCUCCGUACGCCCUCGCGCUCAAAGUCUCAUCUCUCUGUCGCCCUUGCCGGAGUCGCAUUCAAUGUUGUCAACGGCUCACUCAUGGGCACCUACCUCUCGUCGCCCGCCGCACGCGCAUACCUCGUAGGCGCAUGGACGCGACCGCUGUUCCUCGUCGGCGUCGCCUUAUGGGCAGCGGGCUUCGUGGGGAACAUCGUGCACGACGAGAUACUGCUCGACAUCCGCCGGAAGGCGCGGGUCGACAAGGGCAAGCAGACAGAGGGCCAGAAGAAGCAGGAACACUACGCCAUCCCGUAUGGUCUGCUAUACAAGUACCUCUCCUUCCCAAACUACUUCUGCGAGUGGGUGGAGUGGUUUGGCUUCGCUCUCGCCGCGUCGCCGCUGCCGACGAUCUCGCUAUCCGCUCUCUCCCUUGGGUCGCUUAUGGACGGGAUCUUCCGGCCGGCGAACAUCUUCUGGCCCUCACUGACGCCGCCGUGGUUGUUCUUCGUGAACGAGAUCGCGGUUAUGCUCCCGCGGGCGAUCCGUAGCCACCAUUGGUAUCACGAAAAGUUUGGGGACAGCUAUCCGAAGGAAAGGAAGGCAGUGAUCCCAUUCGUACUGUGAGAACGGAAUUCAUGGAUUGUUUACUGUAUGGACAACGUCUUUAUUCGCACUUUUGGCACACUCGUCGUAUUCGUUUGUAUACAUGGCAGUCUUCGUAUCCAAUGGCUAUACAUACGGGCUUGCUAUACAUGCGAUGUGCCAUCCUGCCUGC